UUAACAAAACUUUCUUCAGUUGCUUCACCCUCUAGAGUGCCGACAGUCUUGGUGAACAUGACAGUGUGAGGUACUCCACAAAUGAAAGGUCCAAUACAGUUCUUCAUUCCAGAAUCUCAUUUGACCUGUGAGACAAACAGACGGGUCUAGCUAGAUGGCUUUGAGUAAAGAGCAUGGUCUUGCUCUUCUUCUUAACCACAUUAUUGUUUUCUAUGUCACACUAGUACCGGUCUUCAAUGGUGGGGUUUGUACUCGGAUCCUGACGCUGCAAAGGCCCUCAAACGGCAGCUCGGUCUCGGCUGUCAUUGUGUUUGGAGACUCGACGGUCGAUACGGGAAAUAAUGACUACAUAAACACUCUCUCCAAGGGCAAUGUCCCACCUUAUGGGCAAGACUUCGUGAACCACACUCCAACAGGAAGGUUCAGCAACGGGAGGUUGAUUCCUGAUCUUAUAGCUUCAUACUUUGGGGUUAAAGAACUUGUGCCACCGUACUUAGACCCGUCGCUCAGCACGGAAGAUCUAAUGACCGGAGUUUGUUUCGCCUCCGCAGGCUCCGGAUAUGACCCUUUUACUGCUGAAAUACCCAAUGUGAUAUCAAUGAAGAAGCAAUUGCAGUACUUCAAAGCGUACAGGAAAAGGCUUGAGAUGGCAAUCGGAAAGGACCGAACCAGAAACAUCAUCAAUGAGGCCUUGUUUGUGAUUAGUUGCGGAACCAACGACUUCAUUAACAAUUACUAUGGUCUUCCUUUCAGACGGCAAAGCUUCACUCCCCAAAUGUACCAGCAGUUCAUAUUGAAUCAUGUAAAAAAUUUCACUCAGACUUUGUUGAAUCAAGGGGCUCGAAGAAUUGCGGUUGUCGGACUGCCGCCAAUGGGUUGCUUACCUGUGGUCAUCAACCUUAAUUCAGGCGACCCUUUUGAAGAUCGUGGCUGCAUUGAGGAAUUCUCCUCGGUCGCUUGGAAUUACAACAAGAUGCUUCAAAAGGAACUAGGCAAGAUGGAAAAGAGCACGCAAUCUCUCGGUGUAGUCAUAAAUUACAUUGACAUAUACAAUCCUCUGAUGCAAAUGAUCAAAGCCCCGACCAGUUUUGGUUUCGAAGACGUGAAUAGCGGAUGCUGUGGGACAGGCAUCGUCAAAGUGUCAUUCUCAUGCAAUAUGAAUUCCUACGUUUGUCCGGAUGCAUCAAAGUACGUAUUUUGGGACUUGGUGCACCCGACUGAGAGGGCUUACUCCAUCGUUUUCGACGCUGUGUUACCCAGUAUUGUUGCUGUUGUUAAGGGCAUAUAGUUCUAAUCAACCUUUGACAGGACUAAAACAUAUGUUUCUGCUUAAUUAAUUGUCUUCCUGUAGCUCUUUUUCUGGUAUUGAAGAAGUAUGAUCGUUUACGUGCAUGU